UUAACCUCCCCAGCAGAGCACCAUGGUGAACAUAAUGAACAGGUUAUGCAAUUCAUUGCAAGGGAUGAAACCAGUGAUACUAAUGGUGUUUACGCAGAUUGCAUAUGCGGCGGUGAAUAUCGUCUACAAGCUCGCCAUAAAUGAUGGAAUGAGCAUGAGAGUCGCCACUGCCUAUCGCCUCACUUUUGCAUCAGCUUUCACUGUCCCUCUUGCUCUUUUCUUUGAUAGGAAGAAGAGACCAAAGAUUACAUUGAGGGUGCUUUUUAUGGCAUUUCUUUGUGGUUUGUUUGGGGGAAGUUUAUUUCUAAACCUUUACGCUCUGGGUUUGGCCAUGACAUCAGCAACGUUUAUGUUGGCCGUGUUAAACCUUAUUCCCGGUGUUACCUUCAUCAUGGCCACUUCCUUUGGAUUGGAAAAAUUGAAUUUCGGAGUAAUAGAAGGGAAGGCUAAGGUGGCAGGAACAACAAUUGGAAUUAGUGGGGCAAUGUUGAUGACCUUUUUCAAAGGGGUGGAAAUUAACAUUUCAUCUUCCAAAAUUAACCUUUUGCAUCCACAUCAAGACCAAAAUGGGCAUAUGGGACCACAACACGUAGACUUCAGUAAUAAACUGCUAGGGGUUCCUUGUGCCUUAGCAAGCAGCUGCUCUUUUUCUUUGUGGUUAAUCACUCAGGCUAAGAUGAACCAAGAAUACCCGAGUCAUCACUCAAGUUCAGCUUUGAUGUCCGUAAUGGGGGCGAUCCAGUCUAUUGUUCUUGCUCUUUGUGUUGAUAGGGAUUGGAGCCAGUGGAAGCUAGGUUACAAUAUUAGGCUUUUAACCGUGGCUUAUUCGGGGAUUGUGACUUCUGGUAUUGUGGUUAUUGUUAUUGCAUGGUGCAUUAAGAUGAGAGGCCCUCUAUUUGCAUCUGUUUUCAAUCCUGUACAGCUUUUAGCUGUGGCGAUUGCUGCUUAUUUAUUGUUGGAUGAGAAGUUAUAUUUAGGAAGUGUGCUCGGAGGAGUGUUGAUCGUGUGUGGCUUAUACGUUGUCCUUUGGGGUAAGAGCAAAGAAAUGAAAAAGAAGAUUCAGUUAGUGCCAUUACAAAAUACCACAGAGCCCCAAGUUAUUGAAGUUGCUAUUAUGUCCACACCUGUAAAUCAUGAUAAAUGCAUUCACAACUACCAGAGUCAAACUAGUGCUAUUGAGAAUGUUGCUUAUGAUCAAAGACUAGUAGUAAUAGAAUAGAGUGCUAGGAAAACAUUUUUAGCACACUCUGACACAUACUUCUUCUUAUGAUUGAUUUAUUUUUAAAAUAGUCAAUGUAUUUUUCUUACAUAUAUAUUAAAAAAUAUAUGUUGACUUUUUGAAAAGUAAACAAAUCUUAUGAAAUGUGAUGAAGAGUAUGUUUAAAAAAAAACGAGUUGCUAGCAUUUCUAUGUAUCACUGAAGAACACCAUGUA